AUGUUGCGGUCGGUGCUGGGAGCAGGCGUGGGCGUGGUGCGUGGUGCGGUGACGGCGAGCGGACGAAGGGCGGCGAGCUUGUCGCCGCUGCAGCGGGUUGUACUGGCGGCGGGCGCAGCCGUGGGUGCAUUCCUGGAUCCGACACGGGCGGAUCUGGUGUCGGCGCUCGGGGAGACGACGGGACUGGAGGCGCUGCGGACGAUGCGAGCGCAGAUGGCGAGGGAUGAGACCGGGGCGAGGAUCCUGGCGGAGCGGCCGAUGAUCGAUUCAGCCACGGCGGCCGAGGCUGCUGCGGCGCUGGCGGCGGAUGAGGCCGCCGGCGUGGUUGCCAACACGCCGGAGAGCUCGUUUGCCGCUGCUUACGGCACGUUUCUUGCCACCCAUGGGUUCUCGCCUGACGAGCGGCCGGCGGUCCGGUUUGUGGACGACGACGAGUUGGCUUACGUCAUGUUGCGGUACCGACAGGUCCACGACUUUUGGCAUGUGCUCUACGGGGUCAAGCCGGACGUCGAGGGCGAGGUCAUGCUCAAGUGGAUCGAGGCCGGCGAGACCGGGCUGCCUAUGAACGUGCUCUCUGCGCUGGCCGGCCCGUUCAUCACCUCGCACCACCCGCAGCAGCCUCAAGGCACCGCUCAUGUGUGUGUACUAUGA